AUGGCUUCUAAAGCUACGCCAGGUGACCUAGAUAAUGAACCCAGCACCAGUGACCUACACAAUAUAUCUCAGGCAGAGAUGGAAAUGAUCAAGGUCCUGAGUGCCACGGGUAAAUUCAAUAUAACACCCAAAAAGGAAAAACUUCCAGGUUUUGGGGAGGGUUUCAUUAAGACGAGUACUCCUCAUGUUGGUAGGUUUGAGGAUGAAUAUGAGGCCGACCGUGGACAGCUUAGCUAUCAGGCUAUACCCAAGAUACCUCCAUUUUCUGGAGAAGAGCCUCCUAUUAAAGGAGAUGUGACCUAUAGGGAAUGGCGUUUUGAGGUGCAGUGCCUCACAGAUGACCCAGACAUUUCAGAUAGUGUUUUGGCUCAGGCCAUUCGUAGGUCGUUGCGUGGUACAGCGCGACGAAUGCUUAUGUCAUUAGGGAAUAGUCCAGAUUUGACAUUAGUCCUCUCCAAAUUGGAUAAUUUAUUUGGAGACAUCAGUACAAAUGGCAUGAUUAUGCAAGAAUUUUUUAAUUCUUGUCAAAAACCAGAUGAGUCAGUCACAGAUUUUGGCUGUCGUCUGGAGUCAAUGCUACAUGUAGCUGUUGAGCAUGGCUAUUUGGAUAGGUAUUCAAAGAGCGAGUUGCUACGACAUAAGUUUUGGACUUCGUUGUCUUCGGAUAGAUUAAAGAGUCAGACUAGGCAUAAGUAUGACACUAUUAAAGAUUUUGACCUGUUGCUUAGGGAAAUUAGAAGAGUGGAGAAAGAGUUGAGCUUACAAGAUACAGCUAGUGGCUCUAAUAACAUCAAACCUUCUACAACUUCUUCUUCGAAGGUAAAGGCCCGACAGCAGUCGGUUACCACUGAGUCGGUGUGUCUGAUGGUCAAUCACUAG